AUGUUAACUACAAGACACGGACGCGCGACAUUCAUCAGCCCCAGUAUGAAGAUGAUUGGACGUGCUCCAUGGCGGAAUUCUGUCCCAUCCCGGCAACCGAAGUGCUCGCGAGCACGCCCAGCUUCUGCGCCGACACUGCAACAGUCGCGUUGGCCAAAUGGAUUCGUGACGAGGAAAGUUCGAAUUCAAGUAAAGACCAGCAUCCUGCUGAGCCAGACGAGAAGGACAAAAACAGUUUUGUCGUUGAGAAUACGAGCCAUACCGCCAUUCCGCUCGCAACGUCAAGUACGUCUACGGCUGUGCACGAAAACCGCGUCCACCACGAGACUGCGGCGACAAUGGAGACAAAUCCCCACCGACAUGCAAAAGGCAAAACGCACGAGGAAGUGCAAGGUAACAGGCCAACUAGCGGCCGACAGGCGGAGGUGCCUCCUGCUUCAAGAGAACUACUCGAGGACGACCGAAAAGCAUCUUUCUCGCGGUGGAGCUCUGUCGUGA